AUGUCGAGAUUCAACGACAACCUCGGCCGCAAAAGGAGGAGAUGCGACAAUCUUGAUAUCGAUGGCACCGCAGCACUUGGUGGAACACAGCAAGUACCGCAAGGGUCGAAACCACAAAAGCUAGAUAGUGCCGACGACCCUGUUCCAGAUCGCUCAGAUCUUCCAGCGAACUCGAUCGCGCGCCAAAAAGACCCCUUUGGACAGGAGGAAUACAACAGAAAGCUCAAUGCAGGGGAACUGAGGUACCCGAUCAAAGGCGUGCCUCCAUCCGAGUGGAAGGUUAUUGAGCCUGAAUGGGUAAGGAACGCCAUGUUUUCCUCCCUCGCCGCAGAAGUGUGGAGAUCAAACGGCGAAUACUACAGGCGUCAGGCGAUGGGCCUUCCAGGAUUUCCACAAGGCGAUGAAACCGACAGCGACGAUGAGAUUGUUGUCCAGGGAAAUGGCGAAGAGACAGAAGUCGACGAUGACGCAGCUACAUCGGAGCCUUCGACAGAUUCUGAUGGCUCUGUAUCGAUAGAUCCAGAAGAUUUCGAUAUAGCAAACGUGUUGUUGUCCAUCAGACAUGAACCUGACGGAGUUCACGAGCCUCGUGCAGUAGCAGCUCAGGCCGCAGCUUUCUAUCAGACUUCAAAGGGCCCAUCUCACUCCGUAAAGAGCAAUUAUCAACCAGAGGCGGGAUUAGUCUUUGAUCCGUCACUAAAGAGACGGGAUUCGGGAUUCCCACAUUCGGAGAAUUCACCUACUACUCAGGCAAGCUCCAAGCAGCUUGAAUCCCCAAAGCCGGUCUCUAAACCUCGCCAACGUAGUAAGAAGACGAUGUCCGACGCAGACAACGGCGACACAGAAGACCUAGCGAAUCGGUAUCGCAACGGCCAAGAUUGGAAUGAAGAGGAACAUGACAUGAUGAUACUGCUACGCUAUGGUCAUCUUGGCAAGCCAUGGGGCUGGGAGCAGGUCGCUGAAGUCAUCGCGAGGACUGCGGCCAUUCGAAAGGUUGCAUUUGAGAUGAAUUUUACGAAAGAUACGCCUUUGAAGCGGGCUAGGUGGUCUCAGAGUGACCAGAGGACGUUGCUGGAGUGUCGUGAGAAGGGCUGGACGUACCGAGCGAUUGCUGAGGGUGAUGUGCUAACAAUCGAGAGGACUGUGCUGGAGUGUCAGUUGCAGGUCAGACUGCUCAUGCAUCUGCAGUACAGCACUCGAGCGCGAGCGUCACAGUCGUGA